CUGUCCCUUCUCCUCUUCCUAUGCCUCGUCUCUUGUAGUAAACAUAGCCUUAAAGUCACUCCCUCACUCACUCUAUGAAAACAUCAAGCUCCAGCAACAAUGAAGCUCACUAACAUGUCUGAAUUGUUGCUUCUGCUCCUCUUCUCUUCCAUGGCUUCUUCCUCUGCCUCCUCCGACGAUGACUUCGUCUACGCCGGUUGCUCGCAGCCCAAGUACGACGCUGCCUCCCUGUACCAAUCCAAUCUCGAUGCCCUGUUCGCGUCCCUCGCCAACUCCGCCGCCUUCUCCUCGUACGCCAACUUCACCUCCGCCGCCGCCAGGGGAACGCCGGCGGCCUACGGGCUCUUCCAGUGCCGCGGCGACGUGGCGGUGUCUGAGUGUGCCGCCUGCGUCCACUCCUGCCUCUCCCAGCUCUCCGCUCUCUGCCCCUCCGCCGCCGGCGCCUUCGUUCAGCUGAGGGGAUGCUACCUCCGCUACGGCAACGACUCCUUCCUCGGCAAGCCUGACACCUCCGUGCUCUACAAGAAGUGCGCCUCCCCCUCCGCCGGCGGAGGACACGGCGACGACGAAUCCGGCAUGCAGCUCUCCAUGCGCGACGCUGCGCUCGCUGCCCUGCAGACGAGCAGAGGCGGGAGCUACAGGGUCGGCGCCGCCGGGGAAGUGAAGGCGGUGGCACAGUGCGUCGGCGACCAGUCAGCGAACCAGUGUGACGAGUGCACGGCGGCGGCAGUAGCGCGGCUCAGGGAGGUCUGCGGGCUCGCCGGCGCCGGCGAUGCUUACCUCGGAAAAUGCUACGUCAGGUACUCGUCCGAAGGAGUCGACACCUCCCAUGACGACCACGGCGAUGAGGCAGGAAAAACAGCGGCCAUCAUAAUUGGCCUUAUUGCAGGAAUUGCUCUCAUACUCCUCUUCCUUUCCUUCGUCAGAAAAGCAGGAAAUCAAGGUAAAUAAAUAUUAGUAAAAUUGAGGUGGCGGUAUUCUCCGACUUGUUUCAGAACCUUUUAUUGAUCUGAUAUGGAUGAGAAAUUUCUUUGAAAGAAGUGAAGUGGGGAAGUUGCAGAGAUUAAUGGAGAUGAGCUGAUAAGAUUCCAAACAAAUAAGCCCCACAGAUUUCUAAGCUGCAUUAUUAUUGAUCUCUAUCUGUUUAUCAAACUCAAUUGUUAUAGACUUAUGAACUGAGGAACAAGUAAGAAAACAGAUGGAACAAGAUUUAUGUUUGAAUA